AUGCGGGCAGCCAACCGGUGGGUUUUCGGCGGCGGGGCCGGAUCCUCACCUCCAUUUUUCCCUGUAGAUGAUGGGCUGUUGAGCGAGAACGAAGAGGAAGACCCACCACCGGGCGAGCUGGAGAAGGUGGACGCCGAGGGGACGCCGGCGGGGAAGCCCAAGGGGAGCAGCCCCGCCGGCGGAGAGGGGACAAAGCCCGGUGACAGCCCCCAAAAACCAGAGAACCAGCCCAGAAAGCCAUCGGGCAAGCGACAGGGUAAAUCGGGCCACCGAGGCUUCAAGAAAUUCCCCCCGCGGAGCUUGCUCAGCCACGGCCGCUGCCACGACUGCGGCAAAGCUUUGGCUUUCGGUUCAGCCUUCAACAAACGCCGGCGAGGGACGGAACGACCCCAUAAAUGCCCCGAAUGCGGAAAAUGUUUUCGGCUCAGCUCAACCCUCAUCACCCAUCAACGCCGGCACGCCAGCGAUAAACCCUACAAGUGUCCCGAUUGCGGCAAGACCUUCAGCGUUGGUUCGGCGUUCAUCCAACAUCAACGGGUGCACGCCGGUGCCGGCGCCGGCGCGGCGCCUUGCCAGUGCGGCGUCUGCGGGAAGAGUUUCCCGGCCAGCGCCAGUUUGGUGAAGCACCAAAAAUUACACCUGGAGGAAAAACCCUACAAAUGUGGGGAUUGCGGGAAGGGUUUCAACUGGAAUUCGCAUCUGGAGCGGCAUCGCCGGAUCCACACCGGCGAAAAGCCCUACGCCUGCCCUGAAUGCGGUAAGAGCUUCAGUUGGAGCUCCCACCUCGACCGGCAUCGCCGCUCCAAAACCCCCGAGAAGCCCUUGCAGUGCGGUGAAUGCGGGAAGGGCUUCACCAAGAGCGCGGCGUUGGCCAAGCACCGGCGCGCUCAUGCCGGUGAGAAGCCCUACAAGUGCGGGGAGUGCGGGAAGGGUUUCGGCUUGAACGCCGCGUUGCUGCAGCAUCAACGGAGCCACGCUGCCGGCAAACCCUACCAAUGCGGUGACUGCGGUAAGAGCUUUGCCUGGAGCUCCCAUCUUGACCGGCAUCGGCGUAUCCAUAUGGGAGAGAAACCCUACCGUUGCGGGGAUUGUGGGAAGAGCUUCUCCCAAAGUUCCCACUUGGAGAGGCACCAACGCGUCCACGCCGGCGCCGAGCAACCCUGCCAAUGCACCGAUUGCGGUAAGAGCUUCUUGGCCUCCAACAAGCGCCGGCGGCUGUUGACCGGCACCGGUGAACGACCCUGUAAGUGCACCGAUUGCGGGAAGAGCUUUCUUUGGGGAACCCGUGCCCGACCGGCGCCGGAGAGGACCCAUAAGUGCAGCGAAUGUGGGAAGAGCUUCACUUACCGGGCGGAGAACGUCAAGCACCAGGGGACGCAGACGGGGGAGAAACCCUAUACCUGCCCCGAAUGCGGGAAGAGCUUCGGGCAAAAUUCGGCAUUGGUGAAGCAUCGCCGGAUGCAUACGGGAGAAAAACCCUACAAGUGCGGGGACUGCGGGAAGAGCUUCAGCGUCCGCUCCAACCUCAUCAAACAUCAACGGACCCACCUUGGCGAGAAGCCCUACAAGUGUCCCGAUUGCGGGAAGGGUUUCAUCCAGAAGUCGGACCUCACCAAGCACCGCCGGAUGCACACCGGGGAGAAACCCUACAAGUGCAACGUCUGCGGUAAAUGCUUCAGCGUCUCCUCCAACCUCAUCAAGCACCAACGCAUCCACCUCGGCGAGAAACCCUACCAAUGCUCCGAGUGCGGCAAGAGCUUCAUCCAACGCUCCGAGCUCACCAUCCACCAGCGCGUCCACACCGGCGAGAAGCCCUACAAGUGUCCCGAGUGCGGCAAGUGCUUCAGAUGGAGGGAAGCGUUGAGCCUUCACCAGCUGAACCCUUUGGUCGUGGUCACUUGGACAGCCAAGAGCAUGGUGGCACCAAAACCACCUUUUUAA